CCGAGACCAGUUCUUUUGGGUGACGUCAUCAUCGUUCCACGUGGCAAAAUGCAACGGGCUCUGGCGAUGCCACGUGGCGGGAGCCUUUGCAACUACCGCAAAGGUCCAAUGAAUCGUCACCUGCUGGCAAUUCCAGCCGCGCUCUCUUUGUCAGCUUCCACUCGCCACGUGGACAUGAAGGGGACAAUAACGCAGUCGCGGUCCCGACGGGCAUCGCGACAAAAUCCAUUGGUCGCAGUAGGAUGGAAUCCCGAUGCGAUCAUCUCAGAGACCACGUGGCGGCCGCAGUGGAGCUGGAAAGCGACGGGAGUGGAGGGGGGGGAGGGGUCUGGAUCGGCCUGGUCGCGGCACACGAUCAGAGACCACGUGGCGGUCGCAGCGGAGCUGGAGAGCGACGGGACUGGAGGUGGGUCGCGACUCCCGACCGAUAAUGAGGGUAGCGCACGACUUGUUCAAGAAUGGUGUUCCGUCGAUGACCUGCUGGCAGCGGCAGGAAUCAAGGAGUUAGGAGGAGGAGGAAGGGGAGGAGGAGGGAAUGGUGGGCAUGACCAGUUUUACGCCUUGGUUUACACGGGUCUGUUCCACGAGUCGCAGGGGGAGGAGCUGCGCGCCAAAGAGGCUAUGAUUGCAGCGAUUAAAACGAUGUACGGACAGAUCUCCGGCGAUUAUAUGGCGGAACUGGCCCAGGAGGGAGAAGCAGAGGAGGAGGGAGAAGGAGAGGAAGAGGGGAAGGAGAGGAGGGGGAAAAGGGAAAGAGGAGAGAGGAAAGGAGGAGGAAGAGGCGGAGCAGAGGAGGAGGGAGAAGGAGAGGAGGAAGGGAAGGAGAGGAGGGGGAAAAGGAGAGGAGGAGAGAGGAGAGGAGAAGGAAGAGGCGAAGCACAGGAGGAGGGAGAAGGAGAGAAAGAGGGGAAGGAGAGGAGUGGGGCAAAGGAGAGGAGGAGGAAGAGGCGACGCAGAGGAGGAGUGAGAAGCAGAGGAGGAGGGAGGAUCACCCUUGCAUACCUUGCUUAGUCCAGAUGUUUGCGACAUGGUUGAAACAAAGCAGUCAAUUCACCAAUCAAUCAAUCAAUCGACCAAUCAAUCAAUCGAUCAAUCAAUCGAUCAACCAAUCGAUCAAUCAAUCGAUCAAUCAAUCGAUCAAUCCAUCAAUCAACUAGUUCAUAUCGAUCGUUGAUUGAUCAAUCGGCUAAUCAGAUGCCUAAUCAAUCCGUACGCCUGUCGAUAUCAACGUCCGAUUCUUCCUCUCAAUCGAUCAAUCAAUCAAUCAAUCAAUCUACAUCGA